AUGUCUUCAACAGAAAAAUUGCAGGAUUGUUCCAUUGGAAACCACCUGGAAGAAGAGUGCCAUUUACGUGUUCAUAGAAGGUUAACCGGCCUAAAAUCAUUCAGCAUUUUAACAGCAGAGCAGGUCAAAUUAAUAUCAAUGAGAACAGGAAUUUCAAACAGUCCUGAACAUGAAAUUUGUCUGCAUCAUGAGCAGACAGUUCUUACAAGAUAUUCACAGUGCCAAAGAUACUGCUGCAACCCAUUUGAAAAACACCAAAAACCAAUAAAGGGUUCACUGCGAGAAGUGUCUUUGAACACUGCUGAAGAUUUUAAUAGCAUAAAUAUUUCAGUAAUUCCUGGAAAAAAGAUAUGCCCAAAUUGUCGCAAAGAACUUACUAGCAACUUGGAGGCCGCAUCAAAUAAGAAGGAUCAGCAGUUUGUAGAUGAAUCUGAUUCACAUAUAGGAAACGAAACUGAUGUAGAAACUAUGUCUUCUGGGAGCAAUGAAGAAAUGACCUUGAGGCAUGACCUUGACACAAGUUUUGAAGAGAUGGGUUUGAGUCCAGUGAAGUUACACGGUGUUGCUUCUCAUUCCAAAGUCACUUUAGGUAAACGCAAACUACAGCAAUUUCAUGAUAAACUGAAAGAUCAAGAAACUACAAUUCCGAAACGAGUUGCCAAAGUUAUUGAUGUUAUGCCAGAAGAUCUAGAACUAUCAGAGAACAGUCAACCUGACAAUUACAAAGAAAUAAAGGAAAAAGCGGAUAAUUUAGACCGACUUGUUGAUCUCAUGAAAAACAAGAUGCAAUCCUCUAACAGAAGACAGAAAAUACAAAUACUGACUAUUGCUCCACCUUCUUGGUCCAUUGAAAAAACUAAAAAUGAAUUUAACGUUUCUGCUUACAUGGUCAGGCAGGCAAGAAAAUUAGUGAAAGAAAGGGGUAUUUUGGAGUUACCAGGACCAAAGAAAGGAAAAGCUUUAUCUGAAGAAACAAAAAGAUGUGUUGUUGAUUUUUAUUGCGACGAUGAGUACAGUAGACUUAUGCCAGGAAAAAAGGAUUGUGUUAGCAUUGCAAGAAAUGUUCACAAGCAGAAAAGGCUGUUGCUUUGUGACUUAAAAGAACUAUAUGCUACAUUCAAACAGAAAUAUCCUGAUCUAAAAGUAGGAUUUUCAAAGUUUUGCAGUCUGAAACCAAAAUGGUGUGUGUUGGUUGGAUGUUCAGGCACCCAUUCCGUUUGUGUGUGUACCAUUCAUCAAAAUGUAGUUCUGAUGCUUGGUGCAGUAAACCUUGACAAAACUCACCAUGAGCUUAUGGACAUGAUGGUGUGCAGCAGAGAUUCCAAAGAGUGUAUGAUUCACCGUUGCCCCAACUGCCCAGCUGACACUCAAGAUCUGGAAAACUACUUGUUUCAACAACUCCAACCUGAAAUUGAUGAGGAUGAGGAAGAUGAACCACUCACCAUACAAUUCCAACAAUGGACAACUGUCGACCGCUCAGAGUUAGUCGAGCAGAUCCUUCCGGUUGCAGAUUUCAUUUCCAUCCUUGUAGAGAAACUUAA